AUGGAUGUCAACACUCUCUUCGGCAUCAAGGGCAAAGUCGUCCUCAUCACCGGCGGCGCCAAAGGCAUCGGCCGCAUGAUUUCCGAAGGUUUCGUCCGCAACGGCGCCAGAGUGUACAUCUCCUCCCGCGACGCCUCCGCGUGCGAGUCCGCCGCCGCCGAGCUCAACGCCUUGGCCGAGAAGACCUCCUCGGGCGGUUCCGCCGUCGCCUUGCCCGCCGACCUCUCCUCCGCCGAGGAGUGCACGCGCCUAGCCCAAGAACUCUCCAAGCGCGAGCAAAAGCUGCACGUUCUGAUCAACAACUCCGGCGCCACCUGGGGCGCCGCCUACGACGAGUAUCCCGAAAACGCAUGGACGAAGCUCCUCACGCUGAACCUGCACCGGGUGUUCACCCUCACGCAGGCGCUGACGCCGCUGCUGGAGAAGGCGGCCAAGAAGACGACGACUGGUGACGUGGUGAUUGACCCGGCGCGCGUGAUCCACAUCGGCAGCAUCGACGGCAUCAGAGUCCCGCUGCUGCCGACGUACGCGUACAGCGCCAGCAAGGCCGGCCUGCACCAUUUGAGCAGACACAUGGCCGUGGAGCUGGGGCCGAGGGGCAUUACGAGCAAUACCCUGGCGUGCGGGCCGUUCCCGAGCAAGAUGAUGGCGGCGACGCUGAGGGACUUUGGCGAGGAUAUCAAGGCUGCGAAUCCCCUGGGGAGAAUCGGAACGCCGGAGGACGCGGCGGGCGCGUGCCUGUUUUUGGCGAGCAGGGCGGGCGCGUUUGUCAAUGGGGCUACGGUGACGCUUGAUGGAGGAGUGGCGCUUAUGUCGAAGAUUUGA